AUGAAAUUUAUCAUUUGUCUGUUUUUCUUUGUCGCCGCUCUCGAUGCAGUAUUGAGUGUGGAUCCACCGGCAACCGAUGCCGUCCCAGCAACUGACGCUGUACAAUCAACUGACGCUGUACCAUCAACUGACGCUGUACCAUCAACUGACGCUGUACCAUCAACUGACGCUGUACCAUCAACUGACGCUGUACCAUCAACUGACGCUGUACCAUCAACUGACGCUGUACCAUCAACUGACGCUGUACCAUCAACUGACGCUAUUCCAGCAACUGACGCUAUUCCAGCAACUGACGCUAUUCCAGCAACUGACGCUAUUCCAGCAACUGACGCUAUUCCAGCAACUGACGCUAUUCCAGCAACUGACGCUAUUCCAGCAACUGACGCUAUUCCAGCAACUGACGCUAUUCCAGCAACUGACGCUAUUCCAGCAACUGACGCUAUUCCAGCAACUGACGCUAUUCCAGCAACUGACGCUAUUCCAGCAACUGACGCUAUUCCAGCAACUGACGCUAUUCCAGUCCCAAAAGGAUUAUUGAAUGCAUUAUUAAAACUACUCCUCGGCAAAGCUCCAAUUCCUGAUGUAGGUGAUGCUCCAAUUCCUGACAUUAGUGACGCACCGAUUCCAGAUACUGGUGACGCACCGAUUCCAGACACUGGUGACGCACCAAUUCCUGACGCCAGUGGAGCUGCAAUUCCUGCGAUUGAUGAGGCGCCAGUUCCUGCCGCUUAG